AUGGAGUCUGGAUCUGCCUUUGAGUGGCAUUUUCAUGAGGCCAGAAGGUUCCGUUCAGAAAACGAGCACCCUACAGAGCACGGUGCAGCGUGCAAACAGCGGCGCUGUUUGUGUUGGCAUCCUCUGGAAGCUUGCAGCUACAGAUGUUUGCAUUAUUUGCACCAAAAAGCAUACUGUUUGGCUUAUGAAAUGUAUAUCGUGUUGACUGUUGUGAAAUGUGCUGCAAUUGUGAUGGCUGUCCAGUUUGCUCAAUUUGGGAUCAGCAGGCUGUGCGCUCCCUGCUGGUCCCUUUUGGGAAUUUCAAAAGGCAAGGUUGAUCUAGAUGCUAUUGGCUAA